AUGACCGCGCAGUUUCCGGUGCAGCCAAUCGGCCGCUUCGCCGGCUCGAGCCAGCCCGUCCGGAGACCCAAGUUCUCACUCGGCGACUCUUCCCUAAAAUGGUACUACCCGCCCCAGCUCGCCGCAGACCUGUCCAAAGGCUUCGACACCUUUCAGAAGCUUGACGACUCCAAGGACGAGCAUCUCGACAGCCUGUUGACAACCAUCGUGUCGCACGAAAAGGAAACCGGCAAGAAGAUUGACGCGCACUUCGUCACCUGGCGGGGCAUGAUGACCAAGAUCAUGGCCACGCCGUUCGACAACCAGGACGGCUUCGAGAUGAACGCUACCCUCUACCAGGGCUGCGUCUUCAUCGAGGAGCACAACCAGUACAAGGUCGCCUCGCGGCGCGACGAGGGCCAGAACCGCCGCCGCCGGCACGGCCCGCCCCUCGAGGUCAUGCAGUUCUGGGGGUACAAGUUCGAGACGCUCGCCACCAUCCCCGCGCCCUGGGGCGACACGGAGCGCGCGCUCAUCGAGCGCCGCGAGGACGACGUCGUCAACAACAAGGCGCAGUACUGCUCCGUCGUGCGCACCGGCAUUGGCAAGGCCGUGCUCUGCCUCGGCGGCGAGGUCGACGCCAUCUGGGACUCCAAGCCCGCGAGGCGCGGCGACCCGGUCAACUGGGUCGAGCUCAAGACGAGCGCCGAGAUCCGCGGGCCCGGCGACCGCGAGGCGUUUCACCGCAAGCUCAUGAAGUACUGGAUCCAGUCGUUCCUACUCGGCGUGCCCAAGAUCAUCGUCGGCUUCCGCUCGCGAGACGGCAUCCUCCUCGACCUCGAGGAGAUUGAGACGCAGCGGAUCCCCGAGACGGUCAACGCGGGGCCGAACCCGUCCUGGAACGCCGACAUGUGCGUUAAUUUCGCGGCCGCGUUUCUAGAGUUCCUCACGCAGACUAUCAAUGACGAAGGCGUCUGGCGCAUCAGGCGGCAGCCCAGGUCACCGAUGAUUGAAGUGUACAAGGUGGAGGAGACUGGGCACGGCGAUAUACUCUCCGACGAGUUCAAAGAUUGGCGCAUUAAACUGUCGCUUGGGGCAGGAAGUGCGCAAUCAAUAUGA